GUCACACGUUGGGAAUGCGUCGCGAGGAGGUCCUGUCCAAGAAGGCCUCCGGUCGCGAUCCGAGGCAAAAGUAGGUUAACGACGCUACCCGAGCAAAAAGAGAACGUUUUAUUCGCUGGCUACAUCGUUUCGCUUGUAAGGUUUCAUGGGAGCCGUGCGACAUUUCUGGUGAAUACCGCCAUGUCCGGUCCCACCUGGCUGCCACCGAGGACUCUGGAUAGUCCCGAACGAGCCGUCCCCCAGAUGUCCCACCCCGCCGGCUCGGCUAUCUACCGAGCCCCCAGCAAGAAGGGCGCGCCUGACUUCCGGCCCAAGUAUAGCCCUUAUGACCAGAACGGAGGAGGAGCAGGGAUGGCGACUCGGUACAUGGCUACCGGACCAACAGGCGGGCCCGUUCAUCAUUCGCCUGGCGAUCACUAUUACGCCCCUCCACACGGGCCCAAAGACGAGCGCAACUGGACCCCCCACGGGGACGGCUACGAGUUGAUCCACCGUGGCCCCGACAAGACCGCGGGCCAUCACUCCAAGAUCGACGCCGACAUCGACUCGCUCACCGCCAUGCUGGCCGACCUCGACGGACACCCGCAGGACUCCGGCACGCAACUGUACGACAACGUGCCUUACAACAAAUACCUCUCAGGGGAUCACUACAACGCCGUCCCGCCUCAGAGCCGACCCAAUUCGGGGUACCCUCCUCACCCCCAGAGCCAGUACCACCCGCCGUCAUCGUACUCCGGCGAGCACCGCGCAUCUCCCUACGCCGCUUCCCACCAUCAGGACUACUACGCAUCGGCCGCCUCCAAGCCGUACCCGCAGCCCGUGCCGGCGUCUUACACCACGGCCUCCACCCCCACCGGGCCCAGGUUCAGCGUGCAGGUCAAGACCGCCCAGCCCGUCACCUACUCGCAGGCGGGGAGGCAGGCCGAGCAGGCCUACACUCCGCCGCCGCCGCCGCGCCAACACACGCCGCGCCCGCCGCCUCAGACCGGCCCGGAGGACUGGUACCCAGCGCACCCCGGCUCGCAAGCUCAGGAGAUGCAGAGGGGAAGAGGCGGCAAGGUGGCCUUGUCCAAAAGAGGGAUGGAAAAUAAUCAAAUGGGUGCGGCGCAGAGUCCUGCUUACCAGUCCGGCAAGCGUGCGGCAGCGCCGACCCGUCCAGAAGAGGAGUUGGAUCGCCUCACCAAGAAGCUCGUAUACGAUAUGAACCACCCGCCCGCGGACGAUUAUUUUGGCCGCUGCGCUCGCUGCGGCGACAACGUAGUGGGCGACGGCAGCGGCUGCAUCGCCAUGGAGCAGGUGUUCCACGUGGAGUGCUUCACGUGCAUCACCUGCCACGCCCGCCUGCGAGGGCAGCCCUUCUACGCCCUGGACAAGAAGAGCUACUGCGAGAGCUGUUACAUUAGUACAUUAGAGCAAUGUUCGAAGUGCUCCAAGCCCAUUUUAGACCGCAUCCUGCGUGCCAUGGGGAAGGCGUACCAUCCUCGCUGCUUUACAUGCGUGGUGUGUAACUGCUGCUUGGACGGCGUGCCCUUCACGGUGGACGCCACCUCGCAGAUACACUGCAUCGAGGACUUUCACAGGAAGUACGCGCCUCGCUGUUCUGUGUGCGGUGAGCCCAUCAUGCCCGAGGCGGGUCAGGAGGAGACGGUCAGGAUCGUCGCGCUGGACCGCAGCUUUCAUGUCAACUGUUACGUCUGUGAGGAAUGCAGCCUGCUGCUGUCCUCCGAGGGCGAAGGUCGUGGCUGCUACCCGCUGGAUGGCCACAUCCUGUGCAAGGGCUGCAGCGCCCGGCGGAUCCAGGACCUCUCGGCCAAAAUCUCCACGGACUGUUGAGCAACGCGCUGUGGGACAUGUUUAAGCUUUUUUUUUUUUUUUUUUUUUUUUUCUCUCUCUCUUUUGUACAUCACACAGCUUUAACAGUCCUAAUCCCCCCUUUUCUGUUCUAUUAUUUGCUCGUCUGUGUGUUGUGUUACUGAUCCAAAUGCGUUGCAGUGAGGUAGUAGUCGUCGUCAUAUUUCGGUACAUAUUUCGUCCUGCAGCGCACAAGUUCUUGCACACUAAUUUCAAACUGCAGGAUGACAGGAAAAAAAAAAAAAAAAAAAAAAAAAAAAAUCCAGAUUGCCUCAGAACACGCUGACUGUGACUUCGACAUUUGAACAGGCUGUGUCGUAGCCUCGUAGAAUUGUAGGUCCAAGGAAUGUAGUAUUUAACAGUGAAUUGGUUUGAGAAGUUAUAGCCGUGACAAAUGUGAAAAAGGAAAAAAAAAAAAAAAUAAUCUUUCUGGAUUGUUACUCAGAACGGUGCGAUGAAGUCGGCGGUUAGAAAGGAAAACGGGGUGAAAACAGCCACGGAAAAUGACACAUCUGGAUUUCUUCCUCCCACGUGGAUGUUUGCACUUACGUCGCAUGGAGGCGCACGCAUGAGAUGCGGGGGCACAUUUUGGAAUUGUGGCUGCAACAGAAAUAGAAUGUGCACAACGUUUUUUUUCAUGAAAUAUGUGUGAAUGCAAAAAUCAUUUGUGGCCAUAAAAUACCAAAUUAUGGCUACGAAAUAUGUAAUGUGCCACGAAUUGGGUACGUACGCACCGAAUAUUCCAUUUUGUCUCUGGAACAUCUCGACAUCUGCGUAAGCAAAUGCCAAAUUUUGGGAUUUCAUGGCCACAACUGAGCAUUUUGGGCACACUUUUUAUCGAUGUUGUUGCAACAAUUAAUUUCUUCCCCCCCCCCCCCCCCCCCCCCCCCCCCUCUUGCGCGCCAACAUUUUGUGAGCCUUUGCAGUUACAGUAUUUGCUACCGUCCCUUCCCGUUGCAUUUGUGUCCUAAAGGGCUAAAAACCUUUUUCAGUCAGAUUGUUGAUCCCGCUCUUGUGAAAUGAUCGCAAUAACUUCUUUUUUUUUUGUUUGUUUUUGUUUGCGCGUCUUUUCAGUCAGAAUGUUCUGUCCAGUUGCACAAUCAGCCAUGUUUGCUUUGGCAUUUUUUUGUUGUUGUUGUUUUUUUUGGGUGUGAGAGUGUCUCCGAUUUGAAAUGCUGUGAAGUGGAGCUCACGGUACUGCAGCGUGUCCUUUUUUGGCAACCGAAUAAAUUUAUUAUUAUUAUUGUUA